AUUUUAUUUCUCUAUUAUACGACCCUGCUUUAUAUUGGCUCAAUCGAAUAUGACUUCUUCGGGCAGUGUGGAUGCCGGUGCUCUCAUUGAAGCGGGAAAACCACACUGGUGUGGGUAAAAUAUUUAUGCUUCAUUACGUCUCGCAAACUGAAGAAUGAAUAAGAGAGUGAGGAGUGCAUAUGUCACCUGCACCAAAUGGGCAGAUUAUAUAAAGUGGGUAAAAUCUUCAAAACAAGUUAUACAAAAUGAUGAUAAAUUUUCUGUGGCAUAUGUGACAGUACCAAGUAAAGAUGUGGGUAAAUCAAUUGCACUUGGCUUAGUCAAAAAUAAGUUAGCUGCCUGUGUCAACAUUGUGCCUGAAGUUACAUCCAUAUAUGAGUGGGAGGACGAAAUAAAUGAAGAUACUGAGGCUCUACUUAUGAUAAAGACCCGCACUUCUCAAGUGGACCAGUUGACGGAAUAUGUGAGAUCAGUGCAUCCAUAUGAGGUAUGCGAAGUCAUAUCAUUGCCAAUCAAGAAUGGAAAUCCGCCCUACUUGAAAUGGAUCGGCGACAUGGUGCCUGAAAAGAGUUAAAAGUGUUAUGUUAAUUUUAAAUUAUUAUGCUUGUAGUUUUGUUGUUAUUCAUAUUAGUUAUUUUUAAGUGAAAUGAAAUCUAUAAAGUGUGAUUAUAUGUACAAAUAAGUAGUUAUUUUAAGUAUGGUUGUUUAAAAAAUAUUAAGUAAUUGUUGUAUGUAUUUAUUUUGUGGCUUUGCUUUUUUUUUAAAUAAAGUAAGAUACAAUUUAAAAAGGGUUUUGUAACAUUUAGUAUGUUUAAGAGAAACUUUCAUCCCCUUUAAAGGGGCUUAUAAAGGGUAUGAAAUUUGUUAUAACAUGCUAAUCUCUGGAAAUUCAAGUCAGAUUUCCAAUAUCUUAUUGUCAAACAAUAGGUUAAUUUUUAACGAAGACUUGGCUUUAUAACUAUUUAAUAUUAAGCCCUUAGGAGGUUUAUUAAUUAAUUAAGGGAUGAAUGUUUGUAUGAAAGUACGUCAUUAUUCGAAAUAUACCAAUAUAUUAUUUAAAACGAGCGAUAAAUAUUUGAUUAAUGUCUUUAAAUUAAAUUGAAUGAAAUUACUGCUAUAUAAAUACCCUUGAUGAUAAAACUAAUAUUUUCUUUAUUAAUACUGUGAUACUAAUGUAUCCCAAUUUUGUCUCUACCGGCGCGCUGCGAAGUAAUACAAUAUUUGAACACCAAAGCUGAUAGUUAGAUAUAUUUCGCGGCGUCAUCUAACUUCGAUUUUGAUUAAAUUUUGUGUUUAUAUUUCAAUGGAUUCCUGAAUAACACUAUUGGACCCGCUAGAUGGCGGUCCUGUCGGUAACCAAAUUUAAUUAAAUAUGUAAUGCGCUGCAGUAUAAAAUAAGAAGUCUAGUUUUCGAGAUGUAACGUACAUUAUAUUGGUGAUACCUUAAUUAAAUAACGAAAACUUAAAUAAAACUUAUUUGUACAAAUUGUAUUUUAAAGCACAUAUUGUUUUCGUUCAUUCUUAUCUAAGUUUACCUUGAAAGCCUAAAAGUGGUAAGGGAAAACAUACCAGAAAAAUGACUAGACAUACCUACCUGAAAAAACCAUAUGAUUUGACGUCGAAGUUUAAUCUGUUAUCGAGUAGUCUACCGGAAAACAAUAUGAUUAUUAUAGAAAUAUAUUUUUCUUGGCUAGACA